GCUGUCAGUCACCUCACCGCGUCUGGCGGAUCUCUCGGGCUCUCAGUGCGGAGCCAUCAGAAAACCCCCACAAACCCUGAUCUGCUCUGAAACUUGAUCGUAGGCUGCUUUUGUUAUUGUGGUCCUGUAGGUGAUCCGUUGCAGAUGAAGCCUGUGUUUGAGCGGCACGCGUUUGGGCUGAACCCCUGACUGCGGACAGCAGCCGAGCGAUUUCUAAUGAUGCAGAGUGAAGACCGCAAGAGAAAGAAACACAGUUUGAACCCCAGAAGCGUGUCAGACGAGUACAGUCUGCGUGAGCGACCGAAAGACGAAGCCACAAAGAUGAAGAAUAAAGUUUCUACUUCACAAGCGGUGAGCGGCAAGAAGAAGCCGUGGUCCUGGGAUCAGUAUCUGGAGGACGAGCGAUCUCAAGCCGCUCCUCUGCAGCUCUUCACUGAGUUCCAGGCGUUUCCCGACAGCAGGAAUGGCUUUAAGGUGGGGAUGCGGCUGGAAGGCAUCGACCCGCUGCAUCCGUCCAUGUUCUGUGUGCUGUCUGUGGCCGAGGUGAUUGGCUUCCGUCUGCGGCUGCAUAUCGAUGGUUACUCCGAGUGCUAUGACUUCUGGGUAAACGCAGACGCUCCUGACAUUAAACCAGCAGGAUGGUGCGAGUCGACGGGACACAAACUCCAUCCGCCCAAAGGUUACAAGCCGAACGAUUUUAACUGGGAGAAAUAUCUGGAGGCCUGUAACGCUCAAGCAGCACCAGAGAACCUCUUCAGAUCCAGCGAGUCGAGCGGCUCGGUGUUUGAGGUGGGCAUGAAGCUGGAGGCGGUGGAUCGUAAGAACCCGUGUCUGGUGUGUGUGGCCAGCGUAGCCGACAUCGUGGACCAGCGCUUCCUAGUGCACUUCGACAACUGGGACGACACCUACGACUACUGGUGUGACUCCAGCAGCCCCUACAUUCACCCGGUGGGCUGGUGUCAGGAUCACGGCCGGCCGCUCACAGCUCCUCAGGGACACCCGAACCCAGAGCACUUCGUCUGGGAGGAAUAUAUGGAGGACGCAGGUGUGUCUGCGGCUCCCAGUCAAGCCUUCAGUGUGAGAUCUCCACACGGCUUCCAGACGCACAUGAAGCUGGAGGCAGUGGACAGACGAAACCCCAUGCUGAUCCGCGUGGCCACCGUCUCCGACACCGAAGACCACAGAGUCAAAGUGCAUUUCGACGGCUGGCAUGAGAAGUUUGACUUCUGGGUGGAUUCAGACCUGCCGGAUCUUCAUCCCGUGGGCUGGUGCUCCAGGACGGGUCACCCGCUCGAACCUCCGCUCCCUCACGCAGGGCUGUCAGACAUGAAGAGCUCCGUGACGCAGGGUGUGUGUCCAACCCCGGGCUGCAGGGGCAUCGGCCACAUCAAAGGAGCAAAAUACACCGGACACCACAGUGCCUUCGGUUGCCCGUAUUCUGACAUGAACAUGAAGAAAGAGGUGGUGCUUCCCGACCGGCUCGGAGGAGAGAAGCAGAUCACAUUCAUCCCUGUGACCAAACGCUUGUGUCCAGACGAGGAGGAGGAGGAGGAGGAGGAAGAUGGGAGCGAGGAGAUCAGCCAUGUGGACAACAGGGAGAUGAUGGCGGCGUGUGACGGAGCUCCUCGUCUGCGCGGUCGGCCUGCGGUGAUGAAGAAAGAGCUCAAAGACGAGCCGCUGACGGCGUCGCUCCUCGGGAAGAGAGCUCAUUUACCCAGCAGACUCUCUCAGUCCACGAAGUAUCUGCGUAUCAAGGAUGAGGAGGACGACAUUGAUGUAAACAGCGUUAUUUCAGAGCGUAACGUGGAUGGUCUCCAGCAGGCGCUGCAUCAGUCCGUCUUCCUCUCGGCCAUGUCUGCUCACCCGAGCCGUGAUCUGCCGCUGUGCUGGGAGCAGCACUGUAAGCUUCUGCCCGGUGUGGCCGGCGUUCAGGCCAGUCGCGUCGCCCACUGGGGCGUGGAGGAGGUGGCUGAUUUCAUCCAUUCUUUACCCGGCUGUGAGGAACAGGCCAAGCAGUUCAGAGAGGAGCAAAUCGACGGGAAGGCCUUUCUUCUGUUGACGCAGCGAGACAUCGUUAAGAUAAUGAGCGUGAAGCUCGGCCCGGCCCUCAAGAUCUACAACUCCAUCCUGAUGUUCAAACACGCCGAGGAUAAGAAGCAGCCGCCGGCGGGAGACACAUGAAGCACAGAUGAAUCUACUGUAUCCAUGCAUUCCCAACGCCUCCGUUAGUGCUAAUCACCCUACGGCCUCGUCUCCGUCAGGUUCCCCUUCUGCCUUUAAACCCUCUCCUUUUCCUUCUCAAACUCAACCACGCGACAAUCAAACGCAGUCGCCGGCGUCUAUGAGAGGUUUCUCUCGGUCACGGUGCUAUGUGUACGCAAACACAAACAGGCGAACAGCGACUACAGGAUUUGCUCUUGUGUGAGUGAGUGUGUGAGUGAGUGUGUGAGUGAGUGUGUGAGUGAGUGAGUGAGAGUGAGUGUGU